UCUAUUCCUUCUCUGUCUAUCUACACCGGGGCCGGGUGACAGUUCUCGUUCCCUUCUCAUCUGUCCAUACACAGGGGACGGGUGACAGUUCUCGUUCCCUUCUCAUCUGUCCAUACACAGGGGCCGGGUGACAGUUCUCGUUCCCUUCUCAUCUGUCCAUACACCGGGGCCGGGUGACAGUUCUCGUUCCCUUCUCAUCUGUCCAUACACAGGGGCCGGGUGACAGUUCUCGUUCCCUUCUCAUCUGUCCAUACACAGGGGACGGGUGACAGUUCUCGUUCCCUUCUCAUCUGUCCAUACACAGGGGACGGGUGACAGUUCUCGUUCCCUUCUCAUCUGUCCAUACACAGGGGACGGGUGACAGUUCUCGUUCCCUUCUCAUCUGUCCAUACACAGGGUCUGGGGACGGGUGACAGUUCUCGUUCCCUUCUCAUCUGUCCAUACACAGGGUCUGGGGCCGGGUGACAGUUCUCGUUCCCUUCUCAUCUGUCCAUACACAGGGUCUGGGGCCGGGUGACAGUUCUCGUUCCCUUCUCAUCUGUCCAUACACAGGGUCUGGGGACGGGUGACAGUUCUCGUUCCCUUCUCAUCUGUCCAUACACAGGGGACGGGUGACAGUUCUCGUUCCCUUCUCAUCUGUCCAUACACAGGGUCUGGGGCCGGGUGACAGUUCUCGUUCCCUUCUCAUCUGUCCAUACACAGGGGCCGGGUGACAGUUCUCGUUCCCUUCUCAUCUGUCCAUACACAGGGGCCGGGUGACAGUUCUCGUUCCCUUCUAAUCUGUCCAUACACAGGGUCUGGGGACGGGUGACAGUUCUCGUUCCCUUCUCAUCUGUCCAUACACAGGGGCCGGGUGACAGUUCUCGUUCCCUUCUAAUCUGUCCAUACACAGGGUCUAAGGCCGGGUGACAGUUCUCGUUCCCUUCUCAUCUGUCCAUACACAGGGUCUGGGGCCGGGUGACAGUUCUCGUUCCCUUCUCAUCUGUCCAUACACAGGGGCCGGGGACGGGUGACAGUUCUCGUUCCCUUCUCAUCUGUCCAUACACAGGGGCCGGGUCCCUUCUAGUGUCCACCAUGGCACAGUCUCUGGAGGAGAUGGCUGAGGAGCUGACCUGCUCGAUCUGCCUGAGUCUCUUCACCACCCCGGUGACUCUCCCAUGCGGUCACAACUUCUGCUCCCAGUGUCUGGACUUAAGCUGGAAGGGGGUGCAGGAUGCCCAGUACAACUGCCCACAGUGCCGCUAUGUCUUCUCCAGUAAGCCGGAGCUCAGGAAGAACACCCUGCUCAGCAACCUGGUGAGUCAGGUGAUGGCCGCUCGCAGGGAGGACCCUGACCACCAGGAAGAAGAGUUAGAGGACGAGACCCCUGACAGUGCUCCCAACAAGGAAGCUGUGCUGUGUGACAGCUGCAGGAAGGAGGCUGCCUCCAAAACCUGCCUCACCUGCAUGGCCUCCUUCUGCCAGGAGCACCUGAUGCCUCACCUGCAGAGCCCUGCCUUCCUGGACCACCUGCUGAGCCAGCCCCUGCGGGACCUGAAGGAGAGAAAGUGCACGGAGCACAACAAGCUGAUGGACCACUACUGCUGGGAGCAUGGCCAGUGCCUGUGUGCGUACUGUGCCCUGGGCCACAAGACCUGCAGGACCUACACCCUGCGGGAGGCCAAGCACCAGAAGGAGCUCCAUUACACGAAUAUGUUAAGAAGCGUGAACCAGAAAAUUGAGAAGGCGGCAAACACAGCGGAGGAGGUGAAGAGUGAGCAGAGACGCCUGCUGGAAAAUACCAAGAAGAAGAAGGAACUAAUAGAGGCGGAGUUUGAGGAGAUGAAGAGUCUGAUCGAGGAGGAGCGUCGUGCGGCCAUGGCCAAGAUCGAGGAGGAGGAGAGGAAAGUCACCUCCAAGUUCUCCUACACACAGAACGUCCUGGCCAAGAAGAGGCAGGAGUAUGAGAGGAUGAGCAGCCGAGUGCACAGCCUCCUCCAAGAGCAGGACGACCUCCAAUUCCUCAAGAGGGCCUCUAAACUGAAGGACACGACAUCUAAGGAGCCGUAUAAACCAAAGACGGAGUUUGAUGAGAAGUUGCUGCAGAGCAUCUAUAAGAAGACCGUGUCCCUGAAGGAAAUCAUCAGAUCCAGCUUCUGCCAGACCGAAACUUCAGUAUACAAGUGCCAACCCACAGCAAGAACCUCGGGGGCGGAGCCAAUGUCAGGAGGAGAUGAGGCCGGCAGAUGGAAGAACCCUGCCACCCCAAAACAAGAAGAGAAACCCAACAAGAAUAAACCUAAGUUUAAGAAAGGGUCCAAAUCAACAGAAGCUGAUGCCAGCGAGACAACACCUCAACAAAAGACACAAUCUACCUCAGGUGCCCGUGCCCCGGACCCCAGGGAGACGCUCAUGAUGAGUGCGGAGAAGCUUUCUGCAGACCCCCGUACUGUGCACAAGAAGAUCCUGGUAUCGGAUUUACUCACUAAGUUGUCGGUCAGCGACCACCCCCAGAACUACCCCGAGGACCGGAAGAGGUUUGUCAGCUGUUCCCAGUUCCUCUGCUCCCAGGGCUUCUCCCAGGGGCUCCAUUACUGGGAGAUCCUGAAGGAGGGGGGGCACUUCAGCGGGUUGGGAGUGGCUUACCAGAGCAUUGCCCGGACUGGACCGGAGAGCCGCCUCGGCCGCAACAAGGUGUCCUGGUGCAUUGAGUGGUGUAACGGGAAGCUGCAGGCCUGGCACGACGACAAGCAGACCGAUCUCACCUGCCCCAACACCAACAAGUACGGCGUGCUCAUCAACUGCGACCAGGGCACCGUCUCCUUCUACUGCAUCGGUAAAAAGUGCAGCGAGAUCUAUAAGUUCCGGGCCCGGUUCUCCGAGCCGCUGUACCCCGCCUUUUGGAUGUUCUCCAGCCACACCUCCCUGACACUUAACGCCUUCAACAUGGAGCCCUAAGAGGUCACUGCAGGGGGAGGUAGAGGGGGAACUAAGCUUAUUGAGGGAACCAUAAUGAUUCCACCAUUCGCUGACCCUCCUGUCACCUCCAGAGCUGCCCUCGCAUCCCGUCUCAUCCUCCAGAGCUGCCCUCGCAUCCCGUCUCAUCCUCCACAGCUGCCCUCGCAUCCCGUCUCAUCCUCCAGAGCUGCCCUCGCAUCCCGUCUCAUCCUCCAGAGCUGCCGUCGCAUCCCGUCUCAUCCUCCAGAGCUGCCCUCGCAUCCCGUCUCAUCCUCCAGAGCUGCCCUCGCAUCCCGUCUCAUCCUCCAGAGCUGCCCUCGCAUCCCGUCUCAUCCUCCAGAGCUGCCCUCGCAUCCCGUCUCAUCCUCCAGAGCUGCCCUCGCAUCCCGUCUCAUCCUCCAGAGCUGCCCUCGCAUCCCGUCUCAUCCUCCAGAGCUGCCCUCGCAUCCCGUCUCAUCCUCCAGAGCUGCCCUCGCAUCCCGUCUCAUCCUCCAGAGCUGCCCUCGCAUCCCGUCUCAUCCUCCAGAGCUGCCCUCGCAUCCCGUCUCAUCCUCCAGAGCUGCCCUCGCAUCCCGUCUCAUCCUCCAGAGCUGCCCUCGCAUCCCGUCUCAUCCUCCAGAGCUGCCCUCGCAUCCCGUCUCAUCCUCCAGAGCUGCCCUCGCAUCCCGUCUCAUCCUCCAGAGCUGCCCUCGCAUCCAGUCUCAUCCUCCAGAGCUGCCCUCGCAUCCCGUCUCAUCCUCCAGAGCUGCCCUCGCAUCCCGUCUCAUCCUCCAGAGCUGCCCUCACAUCCCGUCUCAUCCUCCAGAGCUGCACUCACGUCCCAACCCUGGAGAGGGCUGGUGACAUCACCGUGAUGGGGGCCCCACUCUAAUUGAGGUGGGGGUGUGGCCCUGUCACGCUGUUCAGUGUGGUACUACUCACUUGUGGUGUCUGCUCACAAUCCUCUGUUCUGCUGUGAGGUCAGGUGACUGCAGUAAUUAAUCAUUGUAGCAAGUGGUAGCAUUUAAUACAGUGGGAACCGCCCAUCUAAUAGUCAUGUGAACCAGCAGGGACCGCCCAUUUAAUAAUCAUUUGACCCAGCAGGGACCAUCCAUCUCAUUGUCAUGUGACACAGCAGGGACUGCCCAUGUCAUAUUGUCAUGUGACACAGAAAGGACUGCCCCUGUCAUAUCAUUGUCAUGUGACAGCAGGGACUGUUCACGUCAUGUGACACAGCAGGGACCGCCCACGUCAUAUCAUUGUCAUGUGACAGCAGGGACCACCCAUCUCAUAUCAUUGUCAUGUGACACAGCAGGUACUGCCCUAUUGAAAGGGACCUAUUCAGACGCAGUAUCAGGGUCCACUGAUUUACUAAACACCUUUUUAUGAUGGCCGCUCACCUGAUAAAAGGAAAUAAUAGUGUAAAGAUGGCUGCUUACACAAUAAGAUGAGAUAAUAGUGUAAAGAUGGCCGCCACACAAUAGGAUGAGAUAAUAGUGUAAAGAUGGCCGUCACACAAUAAGAUGAGAUAAUAGUGUAAAGAUGGCCGCCACACAAUAGGUUGAGAUAAUCGUGUAAAGAUGGCCGCUCACACAAUAGGAUGAGAUAGUGUAAAGAUGGCCGCUCACACAAUAGGAUGAGAUAAUAGUGUAUAGAUGGCCGCUCACACAAUAGGAUGAGAUAAUAGUGUAAAGAUGGCCGCUCACACAAUGAGAUAA